AUUUUUCAAAAAACAACUCUGCCAUUCACAUGGUUUCAUAAAUGUAGUUUAGUGAAUUUUUUUUGCACAAAUUUUUUGGAUUAACCCUUUUCUAUCAUGUGGUCUCAACAGAUAUUUGUUGCACUAUUGUCACUUUCCUUGACACUUCAUCAUGUGACUGCUGUUGUCAAUAACGGCCCAACUCAAAAUAUAGAAGAAUCAAUCAAAUCAGAAGACAAAAAUGAUAAAAGCAAAACCGAUACAGCCGACUUGGUGGCAGAAAGUUCCGAGUCAUCCAAUCGUAGGGAAGCUUCAAUUUUGAGUUCAUAUGGAGUUCCAGCAUUAGGAUCUAGUGUAGGAGGAAAUAUCCAACUACCUGUUUAUGGUAUUCCCAAUGCUCCAUCGAAUAAUAUAGUAUAUCCCGCACUUCCUCCGGAUAUACCUCCACCUCCGCCAAAACUACCAUCGGCACCAUUAUAUGGACCACCAAUUUUCGGAAAAACGUAUGGAUUGCCACAAGUAAACCAUCUACCCCCAAUUUCCAAAGGUUAUGGCGCACCUUAUCCAGUUAAAUUUGGAGCUUCUCCAGCAUAUUCAUAUAACCAAUUUUCAGCCAAUUUAAACCCACCAAAACCAAUAUAUGGACCACCCAAAAUUAAAUAUCAUAAAUAUCCUCCAAAAAACUUUGGUGCUAGACCUCCUAAGCCAGUAUAUGGUCCUCCAAUAACCUUUAAGGAGAAUAAUUUCGGUUACAAUAAACAUCAUUUGAACACCAAUAAUAAUUAUUUGGGCGUAAAUAAUUUUAAUGGUUUAUACACAGGGAGCUCACUUUCAAACAAUGCAUUUUCAAAUAAUCUUUAUUCGGGAGUGUCUAGUCUAAGUCAUCAAUAUGGAGCACCAAUAUUACCAAAUAAACCGUUAUUGCAGUAUGGAACUCCAAACAUUGGUACAUCGACUCAAUAUGGUUUACCAGAUAAAGUUAUCGCUUCUGGGCCUUCAUUGUCUGCUUAUGGACCACCACAACCUUCGCCAAAUCCUAAACCCCCACAUCCAGGAGCUGCAGCACCACCCACGCCUCCAGACAUAAAAUAUGAUGGCUGGCAACCAAUCCCUGGAUUAGUUUCCAAAAGACCCUUAGAAGAAACUAAUCAUCUUACCGUAGAAGGAUCUAGUUAUCAAGACUUGUCUCCACCACCAUUACAUAAAGAUGCUGGUGAUACAUAUCGGGCCCCGCCCGUUACCUUAGACAUAAGUCACGGAAAUAGUCUUCUUAAUCAACCAGGUUUGAGUGACUCCUACGGUGUGCCAUUAAAUGCCGUUACAGGAACAAAAGGUGUAAGCGAUUCAUAUAGCGCACCAUUGGGAACCGUAACUGGAUCUGGAGGUGUGGUAGCAUCUUCGGGAGCUGAAGCUCAUGGAGCGCAAUACAAUUCUCAUGGGAGCUCUCAUAGUCUAAGUUUUGGUAGCAGCUCUCAGGGUAUCAACUUCGGCUCAGAUCUUCCUUCUAUUGGAACUGGACAUGGACCGGACAUUGAAUCUUUCAAAAGCAUCGAAUAUGACAUCACUCCACCUCAAGGUGUUCCAGUGAGUAUUGGAAGCUCAGCACAACAAAUUUCAGACGCUUAUGGUGCACCACUAGCAAGUGCGCUCUCAGGGAGCAAUUUACACUCUUCUGGUCAGUCAUAUAACAGCAUCGGCUCAUCGUCACAAAGUUACAAGGGUGGUUUUAAUUUAAAUAGUUAUAAAUCAUCUUCUUUAUCUAGUGCACCAGUUGGUUUGGUUCCCCCAAGUGGCGUUUAUGGAGCACCACAAAGUAGCCAAUAUGGAACACCAUUGUAUACUAAUACUCAUGGUAGUUACAAACCGUCAAUUCGACCAGGACUUCACACCAACACUGGAAAAGACAGUGGUUCUUCAGGAAACAGUCACAUAGCUCCGUCCAGUAGCUCAUACGGAGUUCCGUCAAAUAGUGGUGGAGCCGUUUCUUAUCAAAACGUUUUCCAUGGCUCUUCAAAUGCUGGAGUUAACUUCCAACAAACUUCUUUGAAUAUUGACGGUGGUGGCGCGCUACCUUUGACUAGUUAUAAUGUUCCACUUGGUGCUAUUGAUGGCAGUUACUCUUUUUCAUCAUCACACGGAGAUAAUAUCGUAUCACUAGAUUAUUCACAUCCUCCUGUCUCAAUAGAUUUAACCCAAGCAAAACAGCAUGAUUGUAACCACCAGUCACUUCAAGCUCCUUCUCUUGCUUAUGGCGGUCCAUCAGCUGAUGGUUAUAGCUCUUCAAAUAUUGCAACAACAUCUCACGCACAAACUGUAGUUCCACAAUCUACUUAUGGAGAGCCAUCUUUCCAAUAUGGAGUGUCAGAUUCGCUUCAUAGCUCUUCGGUUAAGACAGAAGCCAAAUCUAACAGUAUCAGUGUUGAAAAUGAUGAAGAAGCACAUGGCAAAAAUUAUGGAAAGUCAGUAGCAGAAAGUUUUGGUCCUAAUAGUGAAUUAGUUGAGUCUCAAUCAAUUGACUUGAACAAUAUUCAGCUUCAGGGUAAUUUAGGAAGCUAUACACUUCAAAUUCAAUCCUCUGAAGGAGGUUCUAGUCAAGUACCCCAUACACAAGUUUUAAACGAAGGCUUACUGCAAUCGAUACUUCAAGCCAUAGAGCAACCAGGAAAACAGAAUCAAAAUGCAAAAUACCCGAUUAUAUUACAGCCCAGUAUUGAAUCAAACAGUGAUCUUUCGGAAUCGAAUCAACAAGCAUCAGAAAUUAGCGAAGUAACGGUGGAUCCACCAAAAGAAAAAACUCUCGAUAACAAAUUAGAUAAUGUAGAUGAUGAAGAAACAUUACAACUUUUAGAUACCAGCAAUAUUGCUUUAUAUUACAAAAAAGACGAUGGUAUGCAAGAAGUUGAAAAACAAGAGAAACCCAAUGAUAGUAUUGAAACCAGUAGUUAAUUUGUGUUUGUAUAAUUUAUUCAAUUCUUCUCUUGUUUGAUUUUGAUAAAUGAAUUUGCCCGAUUGUGAAAGUAAUAAUAAAUUGCUCAAUUCCAUAUUAUUUUGUUGCCAUAGUUAAUUUAUUUAGAACUAGCAAUUUUGAUGUAGUAUUUUUUUGAGAAACUCUUCUAAUAGUUAGUCCUAAUGAUUGUCGAUAAACUAUCUUGUAAAUACUAAUUUUAAGUUCUGUAAGACUUAGAGGCUGCAGUGAAAG